AUGGUUCGGACGCCCGAUGGACGCCUAAGCGAGACUAAUGAAGGACGAAGUCGCCGUGGUCACCAUAAAUACGAAAUUAAAGCAACCGGCGAUGCUGCGAGGGCCUACGAUUUCCUCAGCGCUCGACCUCCAGGGAAGAGAACUAACGUAAUUGAAUCAAUCGGCCAUCUCGUCAAGAGUUGCCUGGGUGGUGGUGUAGUAGCAAUACACGAAUCUUAUAAGCAAUGUGGCCUGUGGACGUCUGUCGUACUCACUGUGGUGCUAGGAGUAUUCGUCAGCUAUUGCAUGCUUAUUCUAGCGAAGUCCGCUCAAAAGAUCUACGGUCGCGUGCAAGUGCCCGCUAUGUCCUAUCCAGACUUAGCGCAGGCGGCUUUGGAGACUAGUCCUUUUGUUAAUCUCAGGAAAUAUAGUAAAUGUUUUAGGUACGCUGUUGAUUUUACAAUUUGCGUGGAUCUGUUCGGUUCCUGCUGCGUGUACCAGAUUAUGAUCUCCCGUACCAUCAAGCAACUGGUCGAGGGGACGGAUGACAUCUCCACAGAGGGCAAUCCACCUUUAAGAGCAUAUAUCGCGAUGCUGCUAAUCCCAUGUGUGCUUAUCUGUAUGAUAACUACUCUCAAAUAUCUCGCACCGUUCUCAAUUGUAGCAGACUUUUUUAUUGUGACAGUAGCGGGUGCAACAGUGUACUACGCUGUAAAGACAGCUGAAAUGACGCCUUUAGAGUUUCCAAUUUUCAAAACAGUCGCCGGACUCUUCGAGUUUGUGGGAGUUUGCGUGUUUAGCAUGGAAGGGGUCGGUGUCACUUUAGCGAUAGAAAAUUCUAUGGAAGAUCCUAAAAAGAUUCCUAUCGUAUUAGCUGGCGGUAUGUCAAUAGUAGUUAGUAUUGUACUAACUGUUGGGUUCUUCGGCUACUGGGGUUUUGGCGAAAAAUCGAAAUCACCAGUCACGCUCAACUUUCCUUUGGAGCCGUUUCCAAUAGCUCUGAAGGUUAUGAUGGCGCUGAUGAUUUACGUAACGUUCGCUUUAAAUUUCUGGAUUCCUUUUGAGCUCGUCUGGUACUACAUAAAACAGAAGUAUGAUCCGUCCAAGUUCUGGUUUUGGGAGAGAGUGUACAGAGGAUUAUUUGUAUUCAUCAUCACAGUGAUUGCUGUCAUAUUUCCAGCUGUAACAAAGUUUAUUGGGCUGCUCGGUUCCUUCUGUCUAUCAAAUAUGGGCUUCAUAUAUCCAGCGUUUAUCGAACUAUGCCUGGACUGGGUCGAUCCAGGUCUCGGUUUCAUGAUGUGGAGACUAUGGAAGUUUGUCGCGAUAUUAAUAUUUGGUACAGUGCUUUGCAUCGUGGGUACAUACAGCAAUGCUAAAGAGCUUAUCGCAGAAGUAUUUUGA